AUGCGAAUACAAUCCAGCAAAACACCUAUUCUUCUCUCCGCGCUGUCCGCCAGCUUCGCGACCGCGCUCACCUUCGAUUGCGCCCAAAUCAAGGUCAACGAUUACAAAUACGAUCUCAGUGGCUUGGGCGGCGUGCACGAGAUCUACCACCUCAACAAGACCGAAGAGUACUCUACGAAUACAACCUAUGUCCUCGACAUCUGUGCCCCGCUAGGCAAAGCUUCCAAACGCCCGAAUGGAGCUGGCAGCUGCGAGUACUCUAAAAACAUUUGCGGCUUCGAAGACCUAAAACCAUCCGAUGGCAACGGCGACCAGAAAUUCGGGUUCCCGAUCGCGGGACUCGAUCCGAUGGGCGGCGGAUCUAAGGAUCCGCAGUUCACGCGACUCAGCGAGAUCGAGGGCUCUGAGACCGAGGGUCUACGCCUGAAGAUCUCCGGUGGCUCCUGGAAGGGCGAGCACAAUGAUCAAAAGGCCAAGGAUGCGGCCGCCGUGAUUGAUUUCCAGUGUGAUCCGGACCGGUCUGGGUUGGAGGGUCUCAGUACCAAGGAGGCACAGCCGGAGGAUGAGGAGAGUGAGAAAAGACGACGGGCGGAGGAUGGCGAGGGCGAGGGUGAUGGGAAGAAGACCUCCGACCAAAGUCUUCAGUACAAGAGCUUUGCUCCGAAUGAGGAUGGCCUUUACGUGCUUAAGCUUGAGUGGCGCACACGCUAUGCUUGUGAUGAGUACCAGAGGGGCAAGGAAGCUAGCUCCAAUAAUCAUUGGGGAUUCUUUACGUGGAUGAUUAUCAUUGUCUUCCUCUGUGUCGCGGCAUACCUCAUCUUCGGCUCCUGGCUCAACUACAACCGCUUCGGCGCACGGGGCUGGGACCUCCUCCCUCACGGCGAUGCGAUUCGCGACGUGCCAUACCUCUUCAAAGACUGGGGCCGUCGAGUCGUUGACACCCUGCAAGGCUCCGGAACGAGGGGAGGAUACAGUGCGGUGUAA